AAGUGAAACCAAAUCCGAGCAGCAGGUAACAGAGUCCAGUUAUUUUAAAACCAGCAGUCAGCUAUCUCGACAGGAACAUGGAAGUAGCAGCGAACGGACAGUUGACAGAAAUAAUCGUCGCUUUGAAAGAUACAGAGUAAAAUGAGGGAACGCCACUAUGCUCGUUUAAUAUGUAUUGUUGUUUGGCUGCUUGUGCGUCUCCAAUGUCUCUGCCCGUAGUUCUGCCUGGAUCUUGUUGUCGUUUAUCGGGGGCGGCGUUGGCCCAUCAGUUUGGGGACGCAUCUUACAGAAGUCGUGGCCGCUGUGUGUCCAUCCUGCCAUCAUCCCGUAUGUCUGGAUCUCAGACGCGGAUCAUUCCGGCGCUGCUGCCCGCUCGCCCUCUGCUCUCGCUCGGCUUGCUGCAGCUGGUCCUCGGCUGCUCCAUGGUGGCGCUCUCUUUCGGGGCUCUGUCCCUUAGUAACUCGCCCCCUAUUAGAAACUCCUGUCCGUUUUGGGCCGGAUCUUCUGUCAUCUUAUCUGGAAUUAUAGGGCUAACCACAUGGAAACGACCAAUGCUGCUGCUGGUAAAUCUGUUUGUAUUGCUGUCUGUGGUCUGUAUCCUGCUAAACCUGGCAGGGUUCAUCCUCUGCUGUCAGGGGGCUCAGCUGGUUUCCAGUACCAUUAACUGUCAACUGAGUGAACAUGGUGAUCUCUGUUACUGUUGUGCUGAGAUUCCAAGCAGUCAGUGCCAAGAAGAGAAGUUGGUAAAGAUCUACGCUGGCCAUGCAUGCAGCACAAUGAGAAUCCUGCUCAAGAAAGUGCUCUUUGCAUUGUGUGCACUUAAUGUUCUGGCCACAGCUGUGUGUCUGGUAGCUGCUGCGCUCAGAUAUCUCCAGAUCUUCUCAACCAGACGGCCCUGCAUGGAAGAGGCCCGGCCAGUUCAAGAUGAAGUAGAGGAGCAGACUCAUCUUCCUGACCCUGACGAGUUUGUCGCACCUGCACCUCCUCCUUCAUAUUUCUCCACUUUCUACUCUUACACCCCACGCCUAGCUCGCAGGAUGUUUGCUGACAGUAUGAUUUCUCUUCCUCAUAUAUAUGGUGCCAGAAUUAAAGGAGUGGAGGUCUUCUGUCCUCUAGAUCCUCCUCCACCUUAUGAAGCUUUAGCUUCACAGCCAACAGCACAGACCCAGAACACUGAGGUGCAAAUGACUGAUCUGACUGAGGUUCUCACAGAGCGCACAGAAACUGAGAUGGAGACACCUAUCGACCAAGAUAGGUGCUGUCAGACGGCUAUAUUGAGCCCCACACCGCCAAUACAAUCCAGACAGCCUCACACUGCAGUUCCCUCCAGCAGAAGACCCCAAAGACCCCGUCUCCGCAGGUCCAACAGCGAUCCUGUCCUACUGGAUCUGAAUGCCAAAGUAAUGAGUUGUGAAGCAGCAACACAGACAGAGUUAGGUCCUGGCCCCGGAUCAGUGACUGGAACAGAGCAAAAAAAGGUAACAUUACGACAAGGGCGUGGCAAACGGAAGCCGCGGCCAAACUCCAUGGUGGACUACCAGAGCUACAGAGACACAAAACUGCUGGUGGCACGUUUUCUGGAGCAGUCCUCCUACAGCUUGACUCCUGAGGUGCAGGAGCUGGUCAACAGCAUUAAAACUGUGCUGCGCUCUGAUGAGGAACACAUGGAGGAGGCAGUUCGCUGUGCCAGCUUCAUUGACCAGGCUAUAAUAGUUUCAGAGGUCACACCAGCGCAACCCGCUCCUCGGCUAACUUCCAACACGCUGCCUCUGCGUAAGCGGCCAGGCAUCCUUCACCUGCGCAGCUGCGGGGAUCUCAGUUCAUUUACCUGGGCAGAGCUGCAAGCUGGGACAGAGCGCAAAGCCGGAACCCACACGGCCUCCCAUUCUCGAACAAACUCCAGGAUGGGCUCUCGGGCAGGAUCCCGCCGCCUGGAACACGAGCGGCCACACAGCCUUAUAGGAAUAUUCCGCGAAACUGUCCUUUGAGUGAAGGAAUGUCUCACACAGACUUAAUUAGAGUGGAAGGAGGAGGAAAUAGACUCUAGCCCGCCUUGACGUAGGUAUAGAGAACACCACAACAUGAUGGAAGCUAAGCUUUGUAUACAGUACAAGUGAUUUUACCCAAAAAUGAAAAUUCAUAAUGUACUCACCCUCAUGUUCUUUCAAACCUGCAAUAAUUGUUUUGUUCUGUGGAAUACAAAAUUAGCUGACCUCAGUCACCAUUCACUUUCAUGUAUGAAAAAAAUAUGCACUGAAAGUGAACUCAGGCUAUCAUUCUGCCUUACAUUUCCUUUUGUGUCCCACAGAAGAAAAACAGUCAUGUUGUUCAGGUUUGGAAUGACAUGAGGGUGAAUAAUUGAUCAUUUUAAUUUUUGAGGAAACUGGCCCUUUAAUUUUUAAAGCCUGUCUGUUUGUGAUGUCAGAGUGUUUACUUUUCAGUUGCUACAUUUUCACUUAGCUGUGGUCUGUUGGAAUUCCAUCAGUUGGAAUUUACUGUUGCUUUAUUGUCGUUUUAAUGUUUUCACACAUUAAUUAUGCAUUGGUUCUUAUAAAACACUGGGAAAUAAACCAACAGUUUUAUUUACCAACUUUCCAUGUUACUUAUUUGAAAAUUAGUGACAUUUAAAAAUAGACUAUGUAAAAAAUACAAUAUUAUUAACCUUUUCAUACGUACCAUCACACAUACGGUUAAUAACUGGGCCCCCACAGUGUGGCGUCACACAUAUGUGUUUCUGCAACAUCCAGUUACGUUACAAGCUGCCAGAUUCAAAUCGGCUUUCGCGCUGACACAGGCUGUGCUGGUCAAGCAUCUGUAAUUUGUAUUUGCUCAAACAGUUGCUCAUACAGUCUUUUAAACCACAGAAUAAGUUUAUUUUAUAUACAUACAUCCAACUCAUCACUAAAGUGCCACAAUAAAAAGUUUACAGCUCUUAUGCGCACAGUCAAUACAUCAAACGCGAUCUUCCUCCGAUGCAUGCUGCCAUGUGUUUACAUUAGUAGCGGUUGUCAUUCGUCAAACAAACAGCUACUCAAAGAGUCCUUUCAAGCGCAUAAUAUGUUUAUUUUAUGUUACAAACAGCCAAAUUAUCACUAAAGUACCACGAUAACAAUUCACAGCUUGUCUAUGCACAGCCAUCAUAUCUAAACACAAUCUUCCAAUGCAUGCAGCCACGUCUGAUUAGGUGCACAUGCGGUUUUCAUUCACACAAACAGCAACUUAAACAGUCUUUUCAGGCAUUUAAUAUGUUUCUUUUCUGAAACGGACAGCCAUACUUUCACAAAAGCACCACGAUAACGGUUUAAAACUCGUGUACUCGCAGUGAAAACAUGCUGAUCUAGCGUGAUUAUUCAAUGCAUGCAGUCAAUUCUGUUUACAUUAGCGCUUGUCACACACACGCACACAAUGUCUGAGAUGUCAAAGAGUGCAUAGGCAAACUGGACUGCUGAUAUUAUUUGUUCAUUUGUUUUUUACAGCUAAAAAAAUUAAAUAAAACAAAACAAAUACAGUACAUCAGACAAAACCGAUUUGUUCACAUUUACUAUAUUAUAUACAGUAUUUUUGUUUUUAUGACAAAAAUAUACUCCUCUACACUCUGCCCACAUCUACCGGCUGUGCAGUCACGUGCAAAAAUAACUCACUGUAUGUAUGGCCUUAUUUACCAUGAUGUGCUAUGGAGAAAUUUUUUUUUUUUUUUUUGGGGGGGGGGGAUUUUUCCCCUUUUUCUUCCAAUUUGGAAUGCCCAAUGCGCUGUAAGUUCUCGUGGUCGCAUAGUGAUUCGCCUCAGUUCAGGUGGCGGAGGACGAAUCCCAGUUGCCUCAGCGUCUGAGACCGUCAACCCGCGCAUCUUAUCACGUGGCUUGUUGAGCGCGUUGCCAUGGAGACCAUCCACCGCUGCAACCACGCUCAAUUCACCAUGCGCCCCACUGAGAACAAACCACAUUAUAGCGACCACGGGGAGGUUACCCCAUGUGACUCUACCCUCCCUAGCAACCGGGCCAAUUUGGCUGAGUCACUCAGCAUGCCCUGAGAUUCAAACUAGCGAACUCCAGGGGUGGUAGCCAGCGUAUUUUACCACUGAGCUACCCAGGCCCCCACUAUGGAGAAAUAUUGAUCACUAAUUAAAUCAGCAUAUUGUGAGAAUUUUUAUCAUUUUUUUAUAUUCAUUUGACUGUUCUUCCAAAUGUGUCCUUUAAAUGUCUGCUAUGCAUUAUUACUGAAUUUGAGAUGGCUUAUCUGCAUUAUAUGAUUGAAAAAUACUAUCCAAACUCACCCAAGAUUAAAUAUGGUUUUUAAUGUUUAAUUUUUUUUUUUUUACAAUUAGCUACGUGCUUUUCUUAAUAUUGAGUACCCUUUUGCAGACACUUCACACAGUUGUCUUUUGCAACAUGCAUCUUUCUUGACACAUCUGUUAAUUUCUCUUUCAAAAUUCACUAACACAAAACACUUCAUACAUGUCUCAAAAUCAGCCCAUUCUAACAUAACACAUCAAACAUUCUCACCCAGCAAACACAGUUUGUCAUUCAUAACACUAAAUACUGGUAACAUAUGAUGUGUAAUUUAAUAAGUUAUUUUUUGGCCAAACAACUUGGAAUUUAAAGGUACACUCAGUAAUUUUUUUUCUAAAGACAUGAAUUGUAGUUUUGCAAUAUAUGUAGGAAAUCAUGAUCUCGUACAUUAUAAUGAAGACUCCAGUCAUAUCAGUAACCUUAUAAAAGCUGUUUUAUUCUACAUGGAUAGGGUCCGCACAUGGGGGCUGCCAUGUUAGAAUCACAUGACCAGCUGAAUACUACUCGCUUAAUCUCAGUAAACAUCCUGUUAUUUGACAUUUUCACUCAUUGAUUAAAGUAAUCAUGCCUGACUGUGAACACAAAAUUUCUACAAUGGCAUCUGAAACUGAUAACUAUUGAUUUUAAAUGAUGCUGCAUCCAAGCCGCUAAUUGUCAGUAUAAGUCCAAGAUGACUCAAAGACAAAAGUUACUGAGUGCAUCUUUAACAAACAUUUACUAACACACACAGGAUGAUUCAGGAUGCACUGCAGUGCAAGUUAUAUGAACAAAAUACAAAUGUGAUGAUUCAGUAUGGUCUUUUCUGAAUAGAGUAGGCCAACACUGUCAAUACACACACACACACACACACACACACAAAGCCUAAAUACUCAAUUCAAAAGAGUAAUUACUUGAAGUGCUAGUCAAAGUGGUCCUCUGCUUUUAGCCACAAUUUCUCAUCUACAUCACAUCAAAUGUUUUCUCUGGCAAAAAACCUUGGGAAGACUCCUUGCCUUGGGUCUUCUUCUCAUUUGUCAUCCAUUUAUUUUCUAUAACCACUUAGCCUAUUUAGGAUAGUGCUGGAGUUUAUCCCAGCUGUCCUGGGUUGAAGGUGGGAAAACACCUGCAUGUCUUUGGGCUGUGGGGGACACCGGAGCACCCAGAAGACACCCACACGAACAAGGGGAGAACAUGCAAACUCCAAACAGAAAGGUCCAGGUUUAGCCAGGACUCGAACCAGUGACCUUCUUGCUGUGAGGCGACAGUGCUACCCACUGAGUCUCCAUGUCACCCCUCUCAUUUGCCUUGCACCUCGCAUAUGCACUCCUCUUUUCCUUCCUCGUCCUACCAAUCUACCUGCUCUGUCAGCCGUGUUAGCAUAACACAAUCAUUACAAAUUUGACCCCUUUUUUACAGUAUACAGAUGGUCACAUCAUUGAUAAAGCAAAACAGCUGAGUAGGUCAUCAGGUAAAAGAGAAAGCAGCUGGUUUUAUCAGGUUUAACUAAUUGUUUUACUUUUCAAUAUUCUUCAAUAUAAAAUUAAGGUAGAAAUAACAGAUAUUGCAGUCCAAUUCAGUUGAUUUUUCUGUUUUAAACAUAAAUGUAGCGUUUUCAAAACAGUAUGUAGAACUGUGCAAAAUAUGCUGUAGAUACACAGAGUUUAUCAAAUGGUUGAGUUUGAGUGAGAGAGAAAUAUUUCAUACAUUUUGAAAGAUUUGAAUGCAUUUUGUACCAAUGCAUUGGCAAGAGGACUUACAGUUAAUUCCACAGACACUGAUGUUGUGUUGAUGUUAUGAAAAUGUAUUUUAGGUAUUACGAAAAGCACAUAACCAGACAUAUCAAAAGUGACAUAUUUUCUACCGACAAUUAUAAAUGAAACGGCAGACUAAACAGUUUUCUAACUAAAUCUUUAGUGUUUCUUUUAAUUAUCCUUGCACAUUGUAUAUCAUAUUGUCUGUUGUUGUGGGCAAGUACACAACAGCAACCAUUUUGAAUGUGAUGAUGUAAUGAACUGUUUUAAAAGAGAUUCAUGCUGAUAUUUGCUGUGAGUGGGAUUAAAGAGACAAUCUAGGGUUAUACGCUCUCAGUAGUUAAUUUAAUGUUGUAAAUACUGUUACAAACAUUCCUGCUAUGGUGAAGGAAUGUGUCUAUAUCACAGAAAAGCUAGCAAAUAAAUAAACAUUGCUAUUGCUUUACAGAAAGUGUGUAUUUUUACUUCAGACAUUGACAAACAUAUCAUUGUAAUUACAUUCAGAGCAAGUGCAUUAUACAGUAUAAAUAUUAAUCAAACCCACAAUUUCUUUCGUACUAACCACAAUUUUGCUGAGGCCUUGUAUUCUACAGUCUUGAGGUGGGAAUCUCCAUUUAACCCAUUCUAUACUCUGCUCACCCUGUUUUACAUAUUUACAUUGAUAAUUUGUACUUGGUGUCAUUUCAUUAACACAUUAAGCCACUUGUGUUGUUUCUCCAAUAGUACAUAUUUAAAUCCAUCACUCAUUAAAGCUUGUAAAUGAUUCAGAGUUGGACAGAGUCUGCCCUGUACUUUAUAGUGCAGAAGUCUGGGACACUUGAGUUAUAUUAGGUCGUAGAGUUGACACUGCUCUUACAGCUCAAAAAACUUCCAGAUGUCUUAACUGUUCACAUGUGAUUAGUAAAGUUUUAUUUAUUGAUUACUGAGAUUUUUAUGACUUCCGAUUUUUUUUUAAUAUAUGGGAAACUCCAUGGCUAUAGUGAACCAAAAACAUUAUGGCAAAAAUUGCAAUAUUAUCAGCCUGCACAAGUCAUUCAGGAAUACAUGAUGCCCCUUAAGAUAGUAAUACAACAGGUGUCAAAGACUUUUGCACAAUUCACCUUCAUUAUUGUACACAUGGUAUAUACUCAAUGGAUAUACAGUAUAUAUUAUGCUAUAUGUAAAUAAAUAUAUAUGAUGAAAGUGUCUAGCUCAGAGGUCUUCAGACACACAGCACUGCAUAUUUUGGAUGUCGCCCUUAUUUAACACACCUGAUUGAAAUCAUCAGCUCAUUAGCAGACACUCAUUAAAGACGCUAAGGGAGACAAAAUGUGCAGUGUUGUGGGUCCCCAGGAACAGAGAUGAAGACCUCUGGUCUAGCUGGUUUUUAUUUUAUAAUGGAAUCAUUUGUAAUCGCACUUCACACUCAGUACAAGAACAAAUAGCAAUGCAUACCAAAUGACAAAAAAGACCAUGCUUUACAUUAAGCAAAAACAUAAUGAAACAUGAGUCCCUCUCUGCGUGUUAAAAUAAUAUAGUGUUAACGAGGUCAGAAUGUGGUUUGGGGGUGAAACUCAUCAGUUUAUGCAAUAUGUAUUCAAGACGUACCUUUUAUUUCAAAUACAGGGAGCUUGUGAUCAAUACAGAGGCAAGGUAGCAUAUCUUAAAGAGCCAUAAUCCCAUCAAUACAGCCACUACAUAGCAAUAAAAUUGAUCACAAUAUUUCUUGUAUCAAUACAGAUAUAACACUAUGGUCAACAUAUUGUGACCAUCUAUAUUGCUAUAUCAUUCAUUUAGUGACAAAAGGUACCUUUGCAAAUAAGAGAGUUUCAUUGGUGUGUAUGUGGAAUUCCAGGUAGCACACACACAUGCAAGCAAGAAAAUGGGGGAAGGUAGAAUUUCAUAAGACAUGUUCUGUUACUCAGAUCUCUUUAGAUAUAAAAUCACAUUUAUAGUGUAAUAUGUACCAGACUUACAGUCUGUCUCUAAUAGGUAGUAAUGGGGAUGUUCCAAAGAAUGCUGUGGGUCAAACACUGAUCAGUUCUUGCACAAAUUAUGCCACAAAUAUGGAAAAGGUUUGUGCCUGGCUGCAGUCUCUAUAAUGAAGUCUGGGUUGCAUUGGUUCACGUUGAGAUACUUUCUUUAAAGUAGUAUACUGGAUCAGUAUCUAAAGCAGAAUUAUACAUACUAAAUCACCUGGGAAAUCCACCUCAAAAUGCAGCAGACUAAGAGUUAAUACAGUUUUGUGAAGACACAUUCUGUUCCUAAGUAAUUAGUGGAAAAGUAGCACACAUGAAUUAAUCAUUGAGUUGAUAAAAAAAAGAGACUCCAAUGACUCAAAUUCAUAAUGUAUGAUGAGGUAAAAAAAAAAAAAAAAAAAGAUAAAAA